UACAUUAGCCUUCCACGGAUGUAAUGAGCUUCAUCGAGAAGUAGCUACAGUGCAUUAAGAUAAAAAUGCACCAUGCUCGUCGUUGUUUAAUUAAAGGUCAUUAAUUUAUUUUUUAUGUUAAGUUAGUUCUGCCUAUAUUGCGUGUCGUCAUUUUUUGAGUUUAACCAUCACCAUGCCUCCCCACCACGGGGCUAGAUAUUUACGAUGUGUGUGGACAACUCGUCAACCCGAUUUAGGAACGGUUCAGUGGGUAGAGUUCUAACAUUUGAAUGGCAUUCAGGACUUCAGUGCGCCCAGUAAAACUUUCCCACUAUUUGUUUUAUGUACACAGCAAUACCACACCUGUUAAAUAGUGGUGAAACUGACUGUUUGAUACUGUGUUAUAGUGGAAAUUCUACGAACUCUGACGACAACGGAUUUUGAUCGUGAUCUAAGACACUGAAGAAUACAUCGAGCUUGUCAAAAGAAGCAAUGUAAAGCAUAGAUACACAAGAAACGGAGUUAACCAAAUUCGGUUUCCUGCGGAGCAGCAGCUCUUUGGAUUUACCGAGGAUAUCACCGAGGAGCAAACGUCACAAUAUCGCCGUAAUGACAUAAAAAUCACCGCAUACGGAUCGUGUGUCUUAGGCGAAGCACCAGACUCUCUAAGAUGUCGAAAGUAACCGUAGCGUAUCAUCCUUAUCCAACGACAAUAUUAGGCAUCGGCACUAGCGUAUCCCCACCUUACGGAUCAGUAAUAUUGGGUGAAUACAGUACCAUAAACAGCUCAUUUUUGCCAACUCCCAGCGGUAGCUUGGCUCCGAAAAACGUGUUAAAUGGAACAGGAAGCACAACUACUUCGACAGCGAAUUUUAACAAAAACGGGAGUGAAAUCUGCCUGUUGGAUGAGCCCGACGCACAGGUGGCUGCUGGGAUUGCACUUGCGUGUAUAACUCUUGCAACUUUUUUAGGGAACUGCCUCGUUAUCGCAUCAGUACUAAACUGGCGCCACCUACGCUCAAGGAUAACUAAUCACUUCAUUGUGUCGUUAGCUUUUUCUGAUGUUCUUGUUGCUCUACUUGUAAUGAGCUUUAGCGCUGUCGGGAUCACUGCAGGAUAUUGGCCGUUUGGAAAAUUUUGUGAUGUAUUCACAGCCCUGGACAUAAUGAUGUCGACAGCUUCCAUUUUGAAUUUGUUUGUUAUAAGUUUAGAUAGAUAUUGGGCCAUAAUGCACCCUUUUCAAUAUCAGAGUAAAAUGACAAAGAAACGUGCAAAAAUUAUGAUAAUGAGCGCGUGGAUAGUAUCUGCUCUGUUAUCUUUUGUACCAGUUUUGACUGGCAUUCACCGGGAAGGAGGAACUGGAAUCGAUUGCCCUACACCAAUAUGUAUUUUCGCCUUGAACAAAUAUUAUUCUGUUGUAUCGUCUUGCAUAAGUUUUUAUAUUCCGUCUGCUAUCAUGGUUGGUCUGUAUUCGCGUAUUUACUUUGAAGCUCAGAGACAAGAAAAGCAGAUUCGUCUUCAGACUAAACUUUCACGUCAUCAAAAACACGCGCGCGGUGAGCGUCGAGCUGCAAAAACACUUGGAACAAUAAUGGGUGCCUUUGUGUUUUGUUGGCUUCCAUUUUUUGUUGUUAAUUGUAUACGGCCGUUUUGCAACAAUUGUAUCGAUGACAUCAUUUAUACAAUUUUUGUCUGGCUUGGCUGGAUAAAUAGCUCCAUCAAUCCAUUAAUCUACUCCACUAAUACUGAGUUUCGUAGUGGAUUCAAACGUCUACUCUGUCGCAAAGCGUUUUACAGAGACCGGGAUAAUUCAGAAUUUACGGCGCUUACAAAUGUUAUGGCAUACGUAUCACCUAAUAAAUCAGCUAAUGGAAAUGGUAGUUCAACAACAGACCCGAACCGAAAUCAUCAUGUACGAAAUUCGCCGGAACUUCAAGUUUGUUUGAACGAUUUAACUAAUGAACAUAUUGAACCACUAAAUGGUAAAAAGUAUGUACGUAUUGAUCAAGUAUGAAUGCGAAAAGAAGUACCGAUACGUCAAAUGAAAUCCCACCAGAAGCUAAUCAUUAUGUCAUUAUCUGACAUCCAUUGUAAUUUUUCUGUAACUUUCCGUGCACCAAUGUCCUGAUAGAUCACGGUUGUCUUCUGUUCAACGAUCUAAGGCCAAUUAUUUAUGCGGGCCCUCAGGAUUUUUUUUUUCUGGCACUAAUUGUCCACUAUGAGCUUCUUAGUAACAUUAUCGUCCAUCGCUCAUUAGAAAAUGUACGUAUGCAUAGAUUUUAAGUAAAGUCAAACCACGCGUAAUAAACAAUGACCAACUGGUGAUAGGCCUACAUGCCUAGGAAGAGUGGCCAACCGACAACAAAGUUGGGUGGGCUAGGCCCACCAUUUGCCGCUGUCAGUAAUAUAAAAUGUGUGUGUGUGGAUGUGUGUCAUACACUGAGCAAUCACAAACAACUGUACCCACUUUGGUUCAUUGAUUCCUUUUUUUCCCCUUUUUUUUUGCAAACGGCAUAAAUCAAAGCCCACCUUUAUAAUUAUGUAUGAUGCAUAGACCACCCGGGCAUCUACGUACCUGCCAUAAUAUCAACCACAGGGUCUGUUUUUGUAGUUGACAUGAUGUGCACACAAAGAAAUGUAAACGAUCUCAACUAAUAUUGUAAAAGAUUAAGUAGAAUCCCAGCUAACAAUUUGGUUUACAGUUUGGUGUACAGAACCUUUCUUUGUAGAUGUACAACCAUAAAUACUUAGGCCUAUCAUAACUUUCACGUUAACAUAACUUUGCAACGUCAUCAUUUUUAAGCACUUUUUUAUUACAAUUACAGAAUACACUACAGUGGUUAAUAAUGUGUUCGGUAAAACUUUUGAAGACAAAUAAGAACGAUCCCAGCAAACAUAAAACGUUAUUAUAAACGGUUGGCGAACGUUAGGUAUGUCAGCUUGCUUAGAAACCACAGUCCCCUCAUGGGUUUUCUACCGUUAUUUUCUAUGUAUGCCUACUUGGUAGGGGCACAAAAGUUUUUUCUCGAAGAUACUAGUAGCGAAUUUAUUACCCAUAUGAAGUAUAAAUCAUACAAUAUUCGAUGGUUUCUUUCAGAUUUGCCAGGCAAAAGUUGCGCAAACAAUCAGAGCUAAGGAUGGGAACCGACACUGUCGAUUCGCGCGAAUAAAUUCGCCUAGUUCAGACACAUCGUAAUGUUAAUCGAGUCGUGUGCCAGGAAUUGACCACUCACAAUACGCCUAGAUGUAAACAGGCGCAAAUACUUAGGCUAGCGUUCGUUAAUCGCCAAGUCUGGACAUUACGCUGGUUACGUCCCACGGAUUAUCGUACGCUCAGCGUUGGAUACGCAUGGCGUCCACCUUACAUACGCUAACAGUAGUAUCUGCCCGACACGCGGUAUUGGAGAUUUUCGAAAUGCCAAUCAAACUUAACUAAACUAUGAGAACAGAGACAAUAAUUCUACAAACACGCAAGUUUACGUACCUUUCGCGGUAGUUUUGACCUUAGCAACAAUAUACAAAGCUAAGCCAGUCUAUUGGAGAAUUGUGUAACACAACCUAGUUUUCAUUUUAAAAACUCGUAAAUCUAGAAUUCAAAAUGAAAAUCAUAAUUGGUAUUUUUCGUUUUGCAUAAUUAUCGUUCAAAUUCAAUGGGCUAAAUGAGCCGAUUUCUUGAAAAGAGAUGAAUUUCUUAUUUCGAUCAUUAUGGUAGACCUAAUAUUUUCCAAGGCUUGAUUCGAACGUUGCGAUGAUGAUAGAUGUAUUUAGUAUUUGGGUUAUUCAAUAUCUCAAUCUCAAUAUAGUACACUGGAAUAUCUUUCGAAGAGUUGAUUUCAAAACUCAACUAACGGAAAUUAAAUCUGAGUUCUUAAUCGUUUAAAGCAAUGUCAACUAUGGAUAUUGAACAUCACAAAACUAAUCUCGUGAUCUCAUAAUUUCGACCAUUAUUCGUUUCCUAACCCGACAAAUGAAAACAAAUUGGUAGUAAUUAGGUCACGGAGAGUAUCAACUUUUUUAGUUGAAAACGACUAGGCUUACAGUAAUUUGC